AUGGAGCGUAUGAAAUUAGUCCUGCAGUACUUUCAGUCCAACUCUGAGUCCAUCUCCAAUGGAAUCUGUAUCAUCCUGGCCUUAGUCAGUGUCAAGCUCUACACCAGCUUUGACUUUAACUGCCCAUGCCUUCCUCAGUACAACAAACUGUACUCUCUGGGAGUUAUGAUCGUCCCACCCAUCAUAUUCUUCUUCCUGGGGGUCCUCGUCAACCGACACACAGGCAUCAUGAUGGACGAGUGGAUGAGACCCGUUGGAAACAGAUCCAAAAAUCCUGCCGUGGUUAAGUACCUGUUCUCUGCCAUGCUCCAGAGGGCCAUGCUGGCACCAAUGGUGUGGAUCCUGGUCACUUUGCUGGAUGGAAAGAUCUUCAUCUGUGCCUUCAGCAUUAGUGUGGACCCUUCACUCUUCACAGGUAUGCCCAACAAUACUGGUCUGGAUGCGAUCAACAUCAUGGCCAAGGUGCCCUGCAAGGAGGACGUUAUCUUCAAGGACAGCUCUUUCCGCAAAGCAGUCUCUCGUUACGUUCGCUGCUAUUCACAAGCAGUCGGCUGGUCCAUCCUCCUCUUCCUCAUCGUGCUGGGAGCGAUGGGACGCCUCAUCAAGCCCUAUUUCGACGACCACUCCACCUCCAUGCAGACGCGCUACUGGAGCAACUACCUCGACGUGGAGCAGAAGCUCUUCGACGAGACCUGCGUCCUGCACGCCCGUGACUUCGCCCGCAAGUGCGUGGUGCAGUUCUUCGAAGACAUACAGGAGGAUGCCGUGCUCCAUCUUCCCCACCCGCUCUUCAUCGCCAACCCCCAAGGGGAGUGGGAGGAUGAGGAAGUGGAGAAACUUCACGGCGUGUCAAGGCAGGAACAGGUGGACGAGCUGCUCAUCAAGUGGCACUACAAUAAACCCGUGCUGGACGUCACCAGGAUCGCCCACAGACCCAAAGUGUGCGUUACCUGGGAGGACCGUGAUGGGAGGACUUUAUACUCUGAUGUGUAGGAUGCACUGUGCCGUAAAGCUGCAAGGUUAAUCGCGUCACGGCCUCCCUACCAUGGAGCUGUAGCGCCAUGUUCGAUGGAGGUUACCUCUGUGUAGCAUGGCCACACGCAGGGUUUUGGAAAUGCAGAGGUCCGAAAUAUGGAUGGGUCAUUUGCAAUUUGGAUCUAAAUGUGUGUAUUUUAAGCAGUUUGUAGAGACAACAUUUUGAAUAACAGUUUCAAAGCCAAGUCAGUUUUGCAAAAGCAUAAAUGUUCUGCGGGGAACGAUCUGGAAUUACAAAAGAGGGUAAAAGGA